UCUACUGAUUAAAAUAACGGAGAAGCUGCGAAGCCGAAAUCGAAUAAAUUUCCCUUAUUUCUGGGUAUAUAUUCCUUUGUUGCUUUUCUUUUUUUACUUUCCGAGAGAGAUGAUGAAUCCGAGUCAGGGAAGAGGACUCGGAUCGGGUGGUGGGUCGAGCUCCGGUAGAAACAAAGGAGGUGAAGCCGUGGUGGAGAUGUUUCCGUCGGGACUUAGAGUACUAGUGGUUGACGAUGACCCGACUUGUCUCAUGAUCUUGGAGAGGAUGCUCAGAACUUGUCUCUACGAAGUAACGAAGUGCAACAGAGCAGAGAUGGCAUUGUCUCUGCUCAGAAAGAACAAACACGGAUUCGAUAUUGUCAUCAGCGAUGUUCAUAUGCCUGACAUGGACGGCUUCAAGCUUCUUGAACAUGUUGGUCUUGAGAUGGACUUACCUGUUAUCAUGAUGUCUGCGGAUGAUUCAAAGAGUGUGGUUCUAAAAGGAGUCACUCACGGUGCGGUUGAUUACCUCAUCAAACCGGUGCGUAUGGAGGCGCUCAAGAACAUAUGGCAGCACGUGGUUCGUAAGAGGAGGAGCGAGUGGAGCGUGCCUGAGCAUUCUGGGAGCAUUGAGGAGACCGGACAGCAGCAGCAACAGAGAGGUCCAGCUGUUUCUGAGGAUGCGGCAGAUGAUAACGCUUCCUCUGUUAACAACGAAGGGAACAACUGGAGGAGCAGCAGCAAUAACUCGCGGAAACGGAAAGAAGAGGAAGGGGAUGAGCAAGGGGACGAAGAUGCCUCCAAUCUGAAGAAACCGCGUGUUGUCUGGUCUGUUGAGUUGCAUCAGCAGUUUGUUGCUGCUGUUAAUCAGCUCGGCGUUGAAAAGGCGGUUCCAAAGAAGAUCUUAGAGCUGAUGAAUGUUCCUGGUCUAACCCGUGAGAAUGUAGCCAGUCACCUCCAGAAAUACAGGAUAUAUCUAAGACGCCUCGGGGGAGUCUCACAGCACCAAGGAAACUUAAACAACUCGUUUAUGACGGGUCAGGACGCGAGCUUUGGACCUCUUUCUUCACUGAACGGGUUCGAUCUUCAAGCGUUAGCAGUCACAGGCCAGCUCCCUGCUCAGAGCCUUGCGCAGCUUCAAGCCGCUGGUUUAGGCCGGCCUGCGAUGGUCUCCAAGUCGGGGCUGCCUGUUUCCUCGGUGGUGGACGAGAGAAGCAUCUUCAGCUUCGACAACUCGAAACCAAGAUUCGGAGAUGGGAUUGGCGGUCUUCAAACACAACAACCGCAGAUGAACUUGCUUCACGGUGUCCCCACGGGUAUGGAACCGAGACAGCUCGCGGGGUUGCAACAGCAGCUUCCUGUUGGUGGUAAUAGAAUGAGCAUUCAGCAACAGAUUGCUGCUGUUCGAGCCGGACAUAGCGGAAUGCUGAUGCCUCAGCAGCAGCCAUUCCCGCGAGGGCCACCCUCCAUCAGGCAGCCUAUGUUACCAAACCGUAUAACUGAGAGAAGCGGCUUCUCGGGAAGGAGCAGUGUCGCCGAGAGCAGCCGUGUGUUACCUACAAGCUACACCAACCUCGCAACGCAACAGCACUCAUCAACUUCUGUAGCCUUCAACAGCUUCCAACAAGAGCUCCCCGUGAACAGCUUCCCGCUUCCGAGUGCACCAGGCUUAUCAGUUCCGACUCAGGUUCGGAAACCACAUUCUUCCUCUUCUUCUUACCAAGAAGAGGUUAACAGCUCGGAAGCGGGCUUCGCCACCCCAAGCUACGACAUGUUCUCCAACAGACAUAACGAUUGGGAUCUGCGGAGUAUCGCUUUCGACGCGCAUCAAGACGCGGAAUCCGUAGCCUUCUCCAACUCAGAAGCCUACUCUUCUUCCUCCAUGUCGAGAAACAACAACAACGCAACGGUUGCAGCCACCGAUCUUGGCCGGAACCAGCAGCUAACACAGCCAAUCAUGGUACCGCAUCAUCAGGUUUAUAGCAACGGAGGCGGUGGUGGCAGUUCAGUGAGGGUGAAGUCGGAGAGAGAUACAGCAGCGAUGGCGUUCCACGAGCAGUAUAGUAAUCAAGAAGAUCUUAUGAGUGCACUUCUUAAGCAGGAAGGAGUGGCACCGGUUGUUGAUACCGAGUUCGACUUUGACGCAUAUUCAAUCGAUGAUAUCCCGGUUUGAUUGGAUUAAACCGAAGGAGACAGAUUUGUAAUGUAUCAUUUAGACGACCAUCUGCUAAUUACGCAGUAACAUCGUUGGUGAAAAUUUGUUUGAUAUCUAUUUAUAUAAUAAUCUGCGUGAAAUUUUGAAAGGCAGAUUAUAUUUGUUUGUAUUAUUGUAAAAUUAUUUUGUAGGAGUUACUCUCUCUUUAAUGCAUAGAAAAACGCCUUUGAAUAA